GCCAUCUUGGGGGCUGGCAGGAGCAACAACGUUAACGAAUCGAGUCUGGAGAGAAGCUCGGUGGCUCGAGAGUGGAAGACUGACUGCGGUCAGAGGCUCCCUCGCGGGGUUCGGUAAAGUCUCUGUGCGCGGGAGACAGAGUUCUGGCCCUCCCCCCUUCAUGUAGUUAGCCCAACCAAGGCUUCCUUGUAUUUAAUCUGCCGAAUCUUCUCAGCGGCUUCCUGUAGGCCCCUGGCCUCUUGGCUGGAUGGAUGACGAUGUUUAGUCCUGAGGCCUGGCUCUGCCAUCUUCCCCUCUUCUUCACGGUGUCUUUGUUUGCUUUUUGGUUUUGUUAAACGCCCCCUCCGUGUGUUUUAUAUAAGAGGUUGGUCCCCAGGAUCGUCUCAUCCGCUUUUAAUCUGCCUACUUUGUCACAGAGGCAUACCUUGCAGGAGGCUAGGGGGGCAGCCGCCCCAGGCGCAAACUUUUGAGGGGGCACCUGGUCAAUGCCGCCCAACGGGAGCACCCCUUUGCCACUGCCGCCUGCCUCAGCACCCACUCUGGCAGCGCAGCAGAUGAGGAGGCGAGUGGGGAAGUGGGGAGGACAGCAGAGAGGUGGGCUGCCUCCCCCUUCGCCUCCCGGUCCAUUCAGAAAGCGGGGAGACAAGCGGGGAGGUGGGCUGCCUCCUUGCUUGCCUUCUCGCUCCUUCACCAGCACUGCCUGGUGCCCCAGCGGUGUGGCAGGUGGGGAAGCGGGGAGGUGGCUGCCUCUUCUCGUGACUUCUCACUCCUUCGCCAGCACUUCUGUGCGCCCUGGUGGUGUGACAGGCAGUGCCACCGAAGGGAUGAAAAGGCAACCAAAGAGGCAGCCACCUCUUCCUGCCCCUUCGCCAGCACUGCCAGGUGGCACGGCAGGCGGGCAGACAGGCUGCCUCCUCGCUUGCCUUCUUGCCCCUUUGCUGGCACUGCUGGGCGCCUCGGUGGUGUGGCAGGCAGGGAAGCGGGGAGGCAAGUGGGUAGGUGGGCUGCCUCCUCGUGUGCCAUCUUACCCCUUGCCGGCACUUCCGGGCGCCCUGGCAGCAUGGCAGGCAGUGCUGCUGAAGGGAAGAAAGGGCAAGCGAGGAGGCAGCCACUCCUUCCUGCUCCUUCGCCAGUGCUGCUGGCGUGGGAGGCGGGGAGGAAAGUGGGGAGGAGGGCUGCCUCCUUGCUUGCUUUCUCGCCCCUUCAAUGGCACUGCGAGGUGCCCUGGCAGCGUGGCAGGUGGGGAAGCAGGGAGGCAAGUGGGGAAGUGGGCUGCAUCCUCGCUUGCCUUCUCGCCCUUUCACCGGCACUGCCAGUGCCCCGGCGGUGGGGAGGCGGACUGCCUCCUCGUUUGCCUUCUCGCCCCUUCGCCCCCACUGCCAGGCGCCCCCGGCAGUGCAGUAGGCAGGGAGGCAAGUGGAGAAGUGGGCUGCCUCGCUGCUCGCCUUCCCGUCCCUUCACUGGUGGUGGGGAGGUGAGCAGGAAGGCAGACCCGAGUGUUUGUGGGGGGGGUGCCCCUGUGCAAUAACGUCACAGAAGUGAUGUCAUCAAGCAGGGCUGAAGUGCAUGCAUGCUUCGUGCGCGCAGGGGGAAAGAGAACUACCUCCUGCCCCGGGUGGCGGUAGACCACCCUAUGCAGCUCCUUUGUCCCCUGUCCCCAUUUCGCAUAAGUCGAAGAUCAAUAUUACCACUUUCUUGGAUCUCUGUGUGCACCCUAUGGCUAUCCUUUUCGUGUUCAACAUAUGUUUAAAGAGCUCGCUCUUUUUUCCUACUCGUCAGGGCUUUGUGAGCAUCUAGGAUGAACUGGCCUCACCCCAAAGAUGAUAAAAAUUAUCUGUGCCCUCAACAUUUCCUCGUCUGAGCAGUUAUAGCCUGGGCUUUCUAUUUCUAACAGCUAGCUUUACCAGCUCUUGGGGUGAUGGCUGGAGCUCUGGAAUUACAACUGAUCUCCAGGCUACAGAGAUCAGUACCCUUGGAGAAAAUGGCUACUGUGGAGGGUGGCAUUUUACCCUGCUGUGGUCCCUCCUCUUUCCAAAUCCCACACUCCCUAGUCAGCACCCCAAACCUCCAGGAAUUUCCCAACAUGGAGCUAGCAACCCUUUCUGCAACUUACUGGGGUUUCUUAGUAGACUAAUCUGUUUUUGUAGAAUUCAUUCAAGAUAGUGGGUUUGAAAAAAACCUGCUACAGAAUAUCAGACCAGUACUUCUGUACCAAAGGCUUGCAUGGUACAAGUGACCCAUAAAGUAGAAACCCUAAAAAGAAGGCUUAUGCCCUUCUCAUCAUCUAAAAAUUUUCAUCAAGGGAUCCCAGUUUGUAAAUUCAGGCCAAAAGAUUCCAUUCCACAGGCAUUUACUUAGGACUGAUUUAUUAUUAAGCAGGAUGGAAACAACAAGUGAAUGUCAUUGUCAUCCUUCAAAGGUCUUCUCACAAUCCUACUUUGCUCUCUUUAUUGGGGCUUACUCCUAGGAAAGUGUUCUUAGGAUGGCCAUCUAAGUUAUAGUCCCCAUUAUAAUAACCUUUCUAAGUUCUUUGUGUAUUCCUUUUGGAUCUGUAUAGAGAAUGAAUAUCUGUUACAUGUGCCAGUAUCCUCAGUCUCCCUCACAAGAUCGUCUACACUUUUAGUGGAAGGAGUUUGCAUCUUUUUCUGAGUGUAUAGGUGGCAGUGAGAGGGACAGAGUAAUCUGUAAAAACAGAGAAGGAUAAGAAUUAAGAAUAGACCCACUCUUUAAGCAGCACUCGUCUUUGCUAUGGUUCUUUCUCUCAACAUCAGUGUAAAGUUUGAAUGACAGGCACAAAUUAAACACCAGCAUGAGUGUGCAUGAUGAGCCUGAGCCCCCUGAUUAGGUUGCAACUCUCUGAGGUACAUGCACAGGUGCUUAAAGAUACGCCCUGAUGUUCACAGUUCACAUAUUUGCUACAGGAAAUGCUGGAAAACGCAAUUGCUACAAAGUGUGGAGCAGUUUAGAGGGGAAAACAUGGCAAAAUGCUAAGCAAGUCUGUCUGUAAGGGUGAUUGAAGACUGAGACCCUAGAGGUGCAAUUGCUUCUGUACUUUUUUUGGUUGCUGCUCUUAAGCAAAAUAGAGAGAGCUUUUUUACAAAAAGCAAAAUAAAUGGUCUUGCCUGAAAUUGGAACAAGGGCUUCAUUGUUUAGAAUUCCUUUCAUGCUGACAUGCCGUAUAAACCAUGUAUGAAAAGUGCUAGCUGUGGCCAGCCAGGCACUAUCCCUUGAACAUCAAUACUUUAGGUAUCUCCAAGCAAAAUAAGCUGUUUAUUGGCCUGUGGCAAAAGCAAAUUAAGUAGAGAUGGAAACUGUGCUGUUGUUAUAUUUCUUUCUCUCUUCACCACAUGCAGUAGGACUCACUCUUAGUUUACCUCUUUCAGAGGAGUAGAUGUGUUAGCCAAUGGUGGGGGGAGGACAACCCCCCUAUCAUACAUCAUAUAUUAUGACAUAGUAUAGGCUUUUAUGGGCUUCAUCAGAUGUGCCUAUAGACAGUAAUUGGAUGGAAGAGAACCAUACUGUUCCAGAAGGAGCAAAAGAUUUGCAUUUCAGGGUACACUAUGCAAGAAAACAAUGCUGAUCAGAACAUCUAGGUGCCAGGAAUUAGAGAAAAAAGAAAUGCCAUCAAUUGACAGCAAGUUAGGCAAAAGUUUCGCUUUUGCAGCCCUACAUAAUGACAAUUUCUGCAGUUCAUACCUUUCCACUGGGCUGCAGCCAGCAAGUCAAAUAGUGCCAGUGAGAAGAAUGAAGCAGCAGUAACUUUGAUGUUGAUACAAAUGAAUUUCCAUUUAGGGCUUCACAACUCAAAAGAUGAGCAUUUCAACCUUAGCCGGUCAGCUGUUACCUCUGUAGGCUAAGAGAGGCUGUUUGCACUGUUGAUUUGAUCUGUCUAGCACCCAUUUUUGCAAAUUAGGUUGCAAAUGAAAAAAAAGAUAUAAUGGAAUUUAUGUUUGAAGACAAGCAGUUUUGUUUUUGUUCUACCCCUGCUUCUCAAAGGAUUAUAUAACUUAUGCUAUCAGCUGUGAUCUCAGAGUCUUCUGCAGUGACUGUCCUUGUUUUCUACAAUACCAGAAAAGGUUGUUCAGCAACUGAUAUAUUUACAAGAAUUUGCUUAUCAAAUCGGCAUGUGACUUUUUCCAGUUCCUUCACCCCUUAUGUAGUUAUUGAGGGUAAUAUUGAAGAAGUUUCUGCAUUGAGUAAUGUUACUCUGAUCCUGCAGGCCAUGCUUACUGUACUCAAUUGUAACAAAAGAAAACUUGGACUACUUCUGUGAGUGUGUGUUAUGUGCAGUCAAGUCGCUUUUGACUUAUGAAAGAAAGACUUUCAGAAUAUCCUAUUAUGAACAGACUUCAUCAGAUCUUGCAAACUGGAGGACAUGGCUUCCUUUAUUGAGUCAAGCCAUCUCUUUUUGGAUCAUCCUCUUUUCCUACUGCCUUCAGCUUUUCCUAGCAGUAUUGACUUUUCCAGAGACUCUUGUCUUCUCAUGAUGUGAUCCAAGUACAAUAGCCUCAUUUUAGCUUCUAGGGAGAUUCUGGCUUGAUUUGAUCUAUAACCUAUUUAUUUAUCUAUUUGGCUGUCCAUGGUAUCCACAAAACUCUCCUCUGGGACCACAUUUCAAAUGAAUCCAUUUUCUUCCCACUACAGCCGAGUGCCUUGGUUCUAUGAACAUGCACACCUAAAAUAGCAAAAAGGUAGUACAGGAAAGAAGAGUGUCUAGGCCUAUCCUUAACUCUCACUUUAUUGGGCUCUGAUGGUAUGUAUAUAUGCCACUUGAGAAGGUUGCAGGUUUGAGACUGAUCUAGCUGGUCUGUCACUUGUUCCUGACCAUGUAGAAAAGCUUUCAAAUGAAAAAAAAAUGCCACUAUAGAAAUUCUGAACAUUUCUUCUUGGCCAUUUUGUUAGAACCCUGUUUUAAGAUGAUUUUACUUCUCAUAAUACUACCAUGGGAAGACAUAAAUGUAUUUUUGAUUAGGCAAUGUGUGGCUGUAUAUGAAAAGUAUUUUUUUUUGCAUCCUUUGCCCUGAAACAAAAGUCUUAAGUGCCUUGUUUCAGGGUUUUUCUGUGGUGUUGCUGAAACUGGCAAUGAACUAUUAAAUUCACCAGCAAUAGAAAUAACAGGACUAUUGCAGGCCCUGCUAAAUAUUAUCAGGGAAAUUUGAUAUGGAGGUAUUUGUUGGCUCAAGUAGCCAUAAAUUGCCUUAGCCACUUUCCUUACAGUUUGCACUCUGAAUACCAAUAAAACAAGCUUCAGUUGAACAUGGGUCUCUGGGUUUAGAUAGUAUUGUGCACCUGAUGUUCCUUAAGGUGAAUUUCAGAAGCCUUAAUUACUAUUAUUUUGUUCAUUUAGGGCUUAGGGUUUGUCAUACAUGAUAUUACUCACUGCCAUAAAAUAGUGAACAGAACUGUGGGUAUAGUUUAUUUUUUGCUUUAGCAAAGUUUGCAGUGCAGAGAAAAGUGCACUCUACUGUUUUCCAGCAAUAGCUCCAACUGCUCCAACUUUCCAUCAGUAGCUUCAACUGCUCCAACUUCUAAGCGCAAGGAUUAGAAUUUCAAAGUUCCUCUUCCUGUGCUUAGCUCAUCAAGCUUGCAUUGGUACUCCUUUUUAAAGUACUCUGUCUUGCAGUUACUUUCUUCUUAAAAUUGCAUUGCAACUCAGUUUGUCUAAAAAUAAUUGUUAGAUUGAUUGUAUAUAUGCGUAUUACCUUGUGUCUGUGCAUAUAUACAACAUACAUGUUAUCUGUGUUCUAAAACAAAAGUAACAUGAUUUGUAAACCAUUGAAAAUUUGUAUUUGGAUGCAAAAUCAAUUACACUUGAGUUCCCCAAAUUUGAUUUUUGACUUUAAUUUAAAAAAUAGCCUAAACAUAUUUUAACUGCCCAUUCUUGUGUAUACACUGUUUAGUGUAUAGACAUAUGUAUGUAAAUAUACAUGUGUAUAUACAUAAUUUUAUACAUACAAGUAUGUUUUUAUUAUACAGUUAAUAAAGGUUGGGGAAGAUUUUUCCUUUUUUCCAAUAGGUGAAGAGAUCUUGAAGACCAGAAAUUGGAAAUUAUUUAUUAAUUUAAAAAAAUCUAAAUUGUCCGGCUGUGGAAGAUGGAUCUUCUUCUUUGCAGCCACUUUGAAACACAAGUUCGUCUUUAAAUGAACUGUUGAUUUUGAAGAGGCAAUUAAUCAUCACUGUCUCCACUGUUCCUGAUUGUUGAAAUGGACUUGCUUCCUCCAGUAGUUGUUGUUCACCCUCUGUCUGAAUUUUGAAUGAGGAUGAGAUGUGUUACCUUGGCAAUGUAAGGAAGAAAGUCUUUCUGUUCCAUUGUUAUCAAUUCAUGGAUUGAGUGUUGAUUCGGCCUACAGGAAAAAAAUAACUGGAAGUCUUUGAAGACAGAGUUACUUGCUGAACUUACCCAGAUUAUAUAUUGAAGAAGAUAGCAGAAAGUCUGCAGAAGAUUUGGGCCGAUUUAAACCAAGUUGAGGCCAGCCGUCACUUGGAAACCACUGUCCAGUUGUCACGCUCCAGCAUUGCUUGAAGUAAAGAUUUAAUCCAGCAUGACUAAACAAGGAGAUGACUGUUACUUUUAUUUCUACUCCACGUGUGCCAAGGGAGACAGUUGUCCCUUCCGUCACUGUGAAGCCGCCCUAGGGAAUGAAACUAUCUGCACCCUCUGGCAGGAAGGACGAUGCUUCAGGAGUAUAUGCCGGUUUAGACACAUGGAGAUUGAUAAAAAGCGUAGUGAGAUUCCGUGCUAUUGGGAGAAUCAACCAGUGGGGUGUCAGAAGUUGAACUGCGCAUUCCACCACAACAAGGGACGCUUUGUUGAUGGACUUUUUUUACCUCCAAGUAAAAAUAUGCUUCCAAAUGUGACUGAGUCCAUAGAAGAGGAUAUAAAGACAACACAAAUUUCACUGCAGCAGAAUAAGCUUUCUGUCCAGUCCAAUCCAUCCCCCCAGUUACGUGGGGUAAUGAAAGUGGAAAACUCUGAAAAUGUCCCCAGCCCUACUCACCCACCUGUUGUAAUUAAUGCUGCCGAUGAUGAUGAAGAUGAUGAUGAUCAGUUAUCUGAAGAAGGUGAUGAAUCUAAAAUGCCUCUUCAGCAAACUUGUGCGGAGACUCACAAUGGAUUACGGGUAGUUUCUGCUCGGAAAUCAGCAGUUAGCACAAAAAAAGAUGAUAGUUUAAAUUUUGGAAUCAAAACUCUUGAAGAACUCAAGUCAAAGAAACUGAAGGAAAAAUCAAAGAAGCAAGGUGACAGUUCCUCUGAAGUUGCUUUCCAAGCUCAGACCCAUCCAGGCCCACAGAAAGAAAAUAUACGAACUGUGGUCAGAACAGUGACUUUAUCUGCAAAGCAAGGAGAGGAACCUCGGAUUCAAUUGACUCUCGCAGAGAGAUUAGGAAAACGGAAAAACCCCAUAGGUGCUGAGAGCAGUCUUCCCUUAAAACGCAGCCUUGCUGAAAGACUAGGAAAGAAAAUAAACUCCCUAGACAAUGCUGGCAAAACACCAAAGAGAGUACAAGUUCCCAGGUCUCUUAAAGAGAGACUAGGCUUACCAGCUGAGCAGAACAAUGUGGAAACUGAGAAUGCUGCCAAACCUGCAGGUGAAAUCCGUGUGAAGACACUUGAAGAAAUCCGCUUGGAGAAAGCCAGCCAAAGAAAAGGAGAAAUUCUACCCAAGGAUGAAGUACCUUGUACAACAGAUGAUCCCAGUCCGGUGUCAAAGCCAUCCCCAGCGAUCAGAAUCAAAACUUUUUCUGAAGUCUUGGCUGAGAAGAAGCAAAGACAGUUGGAAGAAGAGAGGAUAAAGGCUGAAAAAGAGAGCCUUGGCAAGCCAAAGCCCGAGGGGGAGCCCCAGAAGCAAGUCUCACUGGUUUCCAGUAAAAGAAAGCUGGAGGAGCUUUCAAGUAAAGCCAAGGACUUCGGAGAGGUGCGCAUCAAAACACUGGAAGAAAUUAAGCAAGAGAAGGCUCUCCGCAUGCAGCAGAGCGGAGAGAACAGCACAAAAAUGCACAUGCAGCCUGAGCAUGCUGUCAUUGGGAAGAGAUUGCUCUGCAUUACAAAGCCAACAGCCCUCGGAAGGGAAGAAAAGAAGCUUCUGGAACUGAAAUCUUCUCCCAGAACUUCUUCAGCAGAUGCUACCACAAAGCCUUUAGAUGGCAGUGCCAGCAAUUCACAUUCCAAAGUCUAUGUGAAGAGCUUAGAAGAGAUAAGGAAGGAAAAGCAAUGGGUAAAACAGCAACAGGAAAGGAAGCCCCAUGAGGAACAAGUGACUGUGCCCCCUGCUGGGGAAGAACCAGCCUCAGGAAAGGCCCCAGUGGCUACAAGUCCUGAGUCCCCAGUGACAAAAGAGAAAAUUCGUCCACCUGCAAAGAGAUUGUUGACGAGAUCCCAGGAAGCUGUGCCAGAUAAUGCUCAAUUAGAGGAUUUGGGACUUUCCACGCAGCCCAUGGAGCGAAGACCUAAAGCCAAGCCCAAGGUGAACAUAAAACCAUCUGGAGUGAAACCCACAUCUCCAGCACAGCAGACAUUGAAACGGAAAGCAUCAGAGUGCCUUCCUACUGCUAUUGCAGCAGUAAAACCGCUGAGCCCCGUCCCCAACACAAGCGUGAAGGAGUUCCCAUCAGAAAACACUGUGGUGGUAAGUGCUCCAGGCCUUCCAGAGGAUGCAAUAGCCACUGUUUCUGAGAAAGAGACUUGUAAAAUCAGCUCUGAUCCAUGUAUGGAUAACCAGGCAGCUUCCUUUUUGCGGACUGAGACAGUAAGCUCAACUUCAUCCCAUGCAGUAGCAAAGAUGCGCAGGCUGAGCUCAACAGGAGCUGGGAAGCCACCCUCUUCAGUUGAAGAUGACUUUGAGAAACUGAUCUGGGAAAUCUCAGGAGGCAAACUGGAAGCAGAGAUUGAUCUGGAUCCUGGAAAAGAUGAGGAUGACCUCCUGCUAGAACUUUCUGAAAUGAUUGACAGUUGAUUCUUGCACAGUUUCUUUGUUUUAGAAAGAAAAUUAAAGAUGUAUAUUUUGUUAGAUAACUGAGAAUAUCUGUUUCUAGCUGAGGAAUUGUAACAAGUCUUAAAGCACACUUGAACUAGUUGAAGAAAUCGGCAGUAGCUGCAUUAAAUUGUCCUAAAUUGCCCUGCUGGUCAGAGGGAUGACCUUUCAGAACUCUCCACUUACCAUCAUGCCCACUGAAGAAACAAAACCAUGCAUGUUUCAAUUUGGGAAGAUCCAGUAUCAUUCAUAAUCCCAUGAAAACUCCAUUUGCAUCAACUCAGUGAUCUUCAUGAAGAUUUUUAUUGAGCUGUUGUAUUGUUUCCCAGCCAUGUGUGCGAAGCUGUUUGUCCGUAUAUUUCAGAGCUUCCUCUUGCUUUGUGAUUUUUAAAGGUAAUUUCUGUAUUACUUUUGGAGUUACUAUGUCAACUCUUGAGUUAUGAUUGUAUUUUUUAUUAGAUCCAUGGUCAGCGAUGCAGGUUAAAAUGAUGGGGAGUGAAGAAAGUAAGUAAUGUUAGACUAAACAUGCUGCCAAAAUACAGGUGGAGAUUUUUCCCUCUUCGUAUUGAAAAUGUUGCAGUAUGUUCAAAUAAAAUAUUGAAAGUUUUUAUAACCUUCCCUAUCUUUACCAACUGCAGAGCUUUCGGCUAGCAAGUUUAAAUUCAUGAGGCAAAUGAUAGAAACCCCCAUCAUACUCCUGUAUCCUUUCAGCGAGUUGAAAAGCCUUGUGAGGGUAUACAAAAUUAUUCUCAGGUUCUCUUUUCUCUUUCUACACUGAGAUCUGGAUGACCCACUGUGCUGGCACUGCUUGGGUCAGCCGAAGCUUUGGAAUGCUAUUGUCACACAGCUGGAGGUCUUGUUCCUACACAUGCAACCUCCUCAGCCAAAUCUGUACAGUGGUCUUGAAAUUUGCCCACCUCUGAACUUCCUUGGCACUCAGUGACCAAGUGUUUGCAGACUUUCCAUGAACAUUUCUGUGCACCUUCCUGCAGCUUGGGUGUAUUGUGUAUCUUACUGUUCCUGUUCAUUCUUGCUCCCAUGUUUUUACAACCAUGUUAUUAUUAUUACUGCUAUCUUUUAAUUAGUCCAACCCUGCUGCUUUAAUUUACGUAAAACUAUAGGGAUGGGAUGCAAAAUGUGUUUCUGGUUGUGUUCUUUGCACCUCUCCCCAAGGAUGCCUAUUGUAAAUAUAUUCAUUUCUUCAGGGGAAAAAAACCCUGUGCUCUGCAAGUUCACUUCAAAGUGCUGCAGUUAGAAGUGAAGAUUGAAAGAAAUUUGUUUUAAAAUUUAUUUAACAGUGGCUGCCAUGAAGAAGCUACUAGUCUACAUAUUGUUCCAGAGAAGUUAGAACCAAUGACUUCAGUGUACCAAAAGACUUGCAAUGGAACUUCUGGCUGACUGUAUACACAAUAGUGAGACAGUGAAAGAAUUUUCUAUAUUGUUUCAGUAGUGACUGUACUGUUUGCUUAAGAAGAAAUUGCUGUCUAUUUGCUUCACUUUGCUCCUUUGUAAUCUGAUAAAUGGAUUUUAAGUACUUCAUUAUUUUCUGUAUAUUCUUGUCCUUGUUUUCUAUUCUAUUGAAGGCAUUACCUAAAACACACGUUUACCAUAACUUUAAACAGUUCUACAAGAAUGAUGUAAUUGUGUUUUAAAUAAAGCUAAUGUAAGAAAUGUG